UGUGAUAUUGCCACACCUAAAUAAUCUGUUUAAGUCAUUCCUGAGUAAAUUACACAUUUAAUAUUUUGUAAACACAGCUUUGAAACCUUUAUGAGUGUGGAAAAACUUGAUACUUAACCAAAUUUAUUUAGAUCACAUGACAUUAAAAUGAUAAUGUGCAAAAUAAUUUGUUUUUCCUAAUGGUUUAUCGAGAACAUGUGGUCAAUUUCUCAUUAUCAUAAAUGCAAAUGUCCUAUUAAAUAUAUAUCCACAUAAAUGAAGAGAACCCUUUCGUCCAUCUUAUAAAUUUGGGCCUUUACAUAAACAAAUGCCAUUUUAAAUAGAUAGUACAGAGAAUAAACAAGUUAAUUGUACAGGUUACCCCGCGGUCAUCUCAGGACACUGAUGCUUCGAGGCGUGCCAUAGCGCGUUCAUGUGACAGCGCAGUAAAGAUGCGUCCUAAAAGAGUUUGCAUCGAGCCAAACUGCAUCAGUUCUGAGUCCGACCGCCGCUCGACUCACAUCUUUGGAUGUCCUCUAUUGCUUUACAUUUGUGUCGGGUGAAAGGGAAGAUAACAGAAGAGAAAGAGUGAAGCUUUCAGCUAUGGGAGCUACCGCGUCAUCCGCGCAACGGGACAGCAGAGAUGAUGAAGACGCAGCGGCGGAGCAGCGGACUGCAGAGACGAGCGAUGCUCCGGAGGAUGACACGUUGCCACAGAGGAAUGGACAGAUCUCCAGUUUGAACCUAAAGACAAAGAACCAUGCAGAUGAAAUAAAUGGACACUUAACAGAGAGGAUACUUACAGAUGUUUGCUCAGGGUUUGUUACUGUGAAAGAAGACGGCAGAGAGACAAUUAAAGACCUUCAGGAUGUGGUGUCCCAUCAACCAAACACAAACAAAACAACAAAGAACAAAAGCAGAGAGAUGAUUCAUGAAGAGGACAUUACGUUAACGGAGGAAACUAUGGAGAUUACAGAAGUAAACAGUAUCAAUGAAGUUGGAUUCAAAAAAGUAUUUCGAUUUGUUGGAUUUAAGUUCACCCUGAAAAAAGACGCAUGUGACAAAACUGAUGGUGAAAGGCUACUAGCAAAUGAGAAAGAGGGAGACACAUCAGAGGACUACAAUGAUCUGGUGUCUGCCCAGCCCAAGACACCUGAAACUACUCAAAAAACAAAAAAUAAAACAGAGCUUGACCAGGCCACAGGGAUGAUAAAAGUCACACCUGAGAAAGAAAAGGCAAAUGUGGUUGAAGCAAGUUAUGAAUCAGAAGAGCCGAUGUCACCAAUCAAGCAAUUCUUUACACAGGGAAUCUUUGGCAGUUUAAGAAAGAAAAAGAAAGAAAAUGAAAUAGAGAGAGAGACUAAUGAAGAGGGACUCAGAAUAAUUGAUCAAAUAGAUUGCGUAGACUCAGAGAAGUCAGAGAGAACUGAAAAGGUGGAUAGUAAAUGCAUGUGCCUCGAUAUCCCUAGUAUUAUGUAUGAGGAAGAAAAAGAUGCACAGCAGAAAAGCAACACUUUAUUACCUGAAGAAGAGUCUUUAGAGAAAGAUAAGGUACAAGGAAGCCCCUUCAAAAGACUUUUUAGAAAAUUUUCCUCAAGACGGCAGAGAGAAAAUAAGCAUGUGAAAAUUGAAGAUGAGGAAAAAGUCACUGAGUCAUCCUUAGAUUUGACAGAGGUCCAGAAAGAAGAGGAACCAGUGCCGGGAGAACCAAAACCUGCCGUGGAGCAAGUUGCUGAUGCCAGCCCUCAAGAGUCCAAAAAGAAAUCUGACUCCACCGUUUCCUGGGAGGCCCUGAUUUGUGGCAGCUCUGCUAAAAAAAGAGCUAGACAAACAAACGAGGCUGAAACACAAGACGAAUAUGGGAAAACAACUGAAUCUCCACUUGGAAGUUCUGCUGAGGGUGAUUAUGAUCAUCUUACAUCCUCCAAUGAGCAAGAUGGGGAGGGAGAGUCCACAUGGAAAACUUUUAAAAAAAUGGUCACCCCCAAAAGGAAGAUGAGAACUGGAGAAGGUAGUUCAUCUGAACAUGAACCUUCAGACAGUGAAAUUAACAAAGAUGACUCAUUUUCUGUGAUGAAACUUAUAACGGGGUGUAAAAAGAGAAGAUCUGAUGAAAGGCAGGAACAGACAUCAUCUGAUGAGACUGGUAAGGAUGCUGAAACGGGUGAUGAAGAUGAUGAAACACCAGCUAUUAUUCCUUUGUCUGAGUAUGAAAUAGUUGAUACUGAAAGUGUAAAAGAGGUGAAUGAUCAGCAAUCUGAAGCUACAAGCGAACAUGAGAUGCCAGAGUUGAAUUCACAAGAGUUAGAACAGGAGACACCAAAUGAGUCUGAACCCAAGCAGGUUGCAGGUAAAGUUUCAAAUAAUGCUAGACCAUUAAUCAUACAUGUUCGAUCAGAGGACUUUGAAGAACUGACAGACUUUGUAAGUAAACAUCAACAACUGAGUGAUAUACCAGAGGAAGGGAUCAUCGAGGAAAGCAUCCAAACACCAACAACAUCUGCUGAAUGGGUAACACAGGAUGACACCUUAGCAGAAGAUAUUGUAGAUUUGACAGCUGAUGCGGUCACCGCUCCAGAGCCUGCAAGUGAGGAAUUUGUUGGGGAUAACAGUACUGAAAUGGUCUCGGCACUCUCCCAACUUACAGAAUCAGCCAGGACGUCUGGAAACGUCACACCAGUGUCGGCUGAAUAUGGUGUGCAAAUGUCAAAUAUGAUCUUUCAAGAAGGUCUUCAAUCCAUCUGCAUGACUCCAAGCGUUCAAUCAGUAACAACGAAGGAUGAAAGCCAAGAAUCUCUAGCAGUGUCAUUUUCACCUUAUAUAAUACAUACAACCACCGGAAGAGAAACUAAAGUUUUGGUUGCACAUAUGAGAACGGAGGCAUCGGCAAUAUGUACAGGCCUUAUAUCUCAAGAAAUAGAAUCUGUUGAAGAACUUCUCAAUGCACCUUUAGUAGAGGCGAUACCUGAAGUAAGCGAUGCUGUCCCAACUGAAUUAGUAUCUGAUAACCUUACAGAUGCACCUGAAGUAGCAGGAUUUGGCACAGAUGAGGUCUAUGAAGCUCAAAUCUGGGAAGUAAAGACAGAGUGUCGGGAAGUAAUUAUAACAACUACGAAUGAAGUAGAAGAAGCUGUCACCGAAACUGAACUAGAUGUAGAGCAAGCAAUUCAACUGAUGGCAGAGCCACUUACGGAGGUGACGGUGGAGUCCCAUGUGGUGCAUAUGGUGGAUGAAAAAGAGGAAUGUAUAACAGAACUAGUAACUGGUGUUCAACUCAGAACGGCUGAAUUGCCAAUAAUUGAUACAAUGCAAAGUGAAGCUGUGUUGGAUCAGGUCAUUUCAGAAUACACCCUUGGUCCUGAAACAGAGGGUCCAUUACAUUUAAGGUUGGAGGAACAACCUGUAAAUUACACUGAAGUAACUGCUAAAGUUGAAAAAGAGUCAACAGGCGAAAAGGUAAACAUAGAAGAAUUUGAAUUGAUACAUACAGAUGAACAUGAAAUCCAAGUGGACAUAAAAGAUGCAAUCCCAGAUACAGCAGAAACAGAAAUAAAUUAUAUGCAUGAAGUGAUUUCGUCAGGUGAUUCAGCAGUGAUUAUGAAGGACAUUAAUGAAAAAGUGGAAGAUACUAUUGAGGAAAAGAUUGUACAGCAGGACAUUAAGGACAUAACUGCAGAGCAGAGUAUAAAUGUUGUUGCAUUAAGAGUGGAUCGAAAUAUUGAAACGGAACACAUUUCAGAAACUGCAGUUGAAUCAUUAUCCAGAGUGCAGUUUGAAGAAAAACAACUGGAGAUGGCAAGUAAGGAGGUGUUGCUUCCAGGAAUAGUAUUAGUUGAGGAGACUGUAGAAGUGGAUGAAGUUACAACAGAACUUGACAUGUCAAGCAACAAAGUGGAUACUGAUGUGGACAAUAUCAGGGUGAUGGAAAGUGCACGUGAAGAAGCGGACACCAUUGAUACUUCUAAAAAAGAGAAACUUGCAGAGAAGCAAGAGGAUCAGUUUACAAACUCUGAAAGUGAUGAUUCGGAAAAUCAAGAGGUUUUCGCUUAUGCAAAUAUUUGUACGGUAUUUCCUGAAAUGAUUGAGCAGGAUGUAGGAAUUGUUAAUGUAGAGACAGCUCAGGCAUUUAAGGCUAAAUAUGUUUCUGAGAUUUCAAUGGAUGUAUUAGAGAACAAAGAAAUAACAGCAUAUCCUGGAGCUAGAUCAAAAGUAAUACUGACAGAUCUUGAGUCUGUGAUGCCCCAAGAUAAGACAAGAGAAGCUGAGACAGAAGAAAUUGGACACAGUCCAGAAACAACUAAGAAAGUUAAAACUGGUGAAGUAUUAGAGACAGUUGUCAUUACUGAGAACACAACAAACCAGUCAGAGAAACCUGUCGAGGUCCAACUAGAAGUGCAGGCACUUGCAAUAUCUGAGCUAACACGGACAACAGAACAGGAGGAUACAUCAACAAUGCCUCUGAUAAGUGGUGAAGCAAUGGGUGGUGACCAAAUGGACCAGGCAAGAGUACAGUCAGUAACAAUAGCUAUUCCAGAAAUAAAAGAAAAGAUCCCUGACGUUACCAAACUUGAACCUGAAAGCCCAAAGCCAACUCUAACUGAAGUGACUGUAACAGCUUUGACCGAGUCUGUACAAAUGGCACAAAACAAUGCUGCUCUGCAAAUGGACAACAAUACUGUGAUUGAACAGAGGGAUGGAGCAACAGAAAAGACCAGGUUUACAUGUGAACCUCCUGAACAAUUAUUAGAAAAACUAGUAGCAGUGGAGUUAAUAGAAAAGGCAGAAAUGAAACCAGCAGUAAUAUAUCUGAAAGAGGAGAAAUCUGCUGUUACCACGCCAGAAUUAGCACCCAUAGUACAGGUCCCACUGUUGACCUCUGAAAUGAAAACAGAAACACCAGAAGUUACUGCUUCUGAGAUACAAACACAAGCAGCAAUUAAACUCAGGGCAGCAACCCUUGAAAUGACAGACCCAAAGCAAGAAAUGCCUAUGGUGGCAGAAGUUAAAAUAGAGACUCAGCUGAGUGUGGAGACACCAGUCGUGACAUCAGUGGUUACAGAACUUGAAGUAGAAACACAGGGGGUUGCAUCUAUGGCAAAAACUGUAGAUACACCCACUUCUGCUAUAACAACACUGAACAAAAUGACUGAUACCUCAAGGCUGACAACAAUGGUCAGAAAGCAAGAAGUGGAUUUGCCCACUUUGAUGGUGACAUCAGCUGCAGCUCCAGGUUUACUUACACCAGUUGUGAUUCUAGACAGCAUGUCAGCGGAAGAAACAUCUGUUGUGACUCUAAUGGAAGAAGCACUACCUGUUGAUCCAGUGGCAAACACAGUUGUAGAGAUGCACAAUGUGAUCACAGUGGUAGAGACACCUAACAUACCAACAGAGGCUGCACCUACAGUAGACACUACAACUGGAACAACAGUAGCAGCAGAAACAUCAGUUCAUUCUUUUACAACAGUCAAACUCACUGAAGCUUUAGUGGCACAGACAUCAGCCGUGCCCCCGGUGCUAGAAAUGCCAAACCUGGUGGUGCAGACACCAGUUUUAGAUUCAGUGGUAGUGACACCAGCUCUAGCUCCUGCUGUGGAGACACAAGCAGUUGUUUUAGUGACAGAGGCUGAACCUUCAGUAGCAGUCACACCAGGAGAAACAUCAGCUGUGAGCCCAGUAGUCGAAACUCCAGUUACUUCCAUCACAUCACCUAAACCAACUGUGGCUGCAAUGGCACAGACAUUAGUUGUGACACUAGUGGAAGAAACAACAGCAUUGGUUUCAGAUACAGCAUUGGAAACAGAAGUUGUAGGUCCGGUGUCAGGAAUGUUUUCUGUGAGUCCAGAAGAAGAAACAUCAUGUAUGACACAAAUGGUAGAAACACCAGAUCUGGAUUCAGUGAUGGUAACACAGCCUGCGUCUCAACUUGUAACACCAGAUGUGACUACUAGAGCAGAAACAUCAGUUCUAAGUCCAGUAACUAAAACUUCAGCAGUUGCAGUGGCAGAGACUCCAGUGGUACUGACACCAGCUCUGGUUUCAGUGAUUGUAAGAGAGGCUGCACCUCCAGAAGUUACACCAAAAAUGACUGCGGUAGUAGAAGUUUCAGCCGUGGACCUAGUCGUGGAAACCACAUCAACUUUAAGUGUAACUGCAGAUACACCAGUAAUGAUUCCAGAGAAAACCCUGACUCUAGUUUCAGUUGAAAAAACACUCGACGUGACCCCACCAGUAGAAACACCAGUUGUGGGUGGUUUAAUAGGGACAUCUGCUAGGACUUCAGUUCUAGAGGCACCACAAGUAACUCCAGCAGUAGAGAUACCUGCUAUUGCUUCAGUGGUUGUGACUCCAGAUGUAAUGGCAACAGUAAACGAAACAAUGUUGCAGGACAAAACAGAAACAGAGCCUUCAGUUGAGGCUGAAGAUGAUGUUAAACCAUCACUCUUGAAUGAGAAAGAGGUAAAGACAUUGGUUUUACCUGAAGAAGCAAAGGGCUUCCUGCAGCAUGAAGCACCUAUGGUCACUCCAACAGAACCCCAGUCAGUGGUAGAAGAUGUGUGGGAGGAUGCUGUAGAAAAUGUUGGAGAUGGCCAUUGUCAAAUGAUGCAAACUGAUGUUUCACCCCAAGAAGUAUCUGAUUCUGGGAUCUGAGCAUUGACUUGCCACACAACAUGGAUAAUAUCAGGGAGCUUGUUUGCUAAGUGUGACGACUAGUCUUCAAUCAGUCUGAACUAGCAGCAUCUCCAUCACCAGGAGCUCUAUACAGGAAUAUACGCCUACAAAGAAAUCUCCAAGACACUGAGAGAGAAAAUAGAGUUGCAUUAUUGAAUGUCCAGUAGGAAAGUGUAAAACCAAAAAAAGAUGUUUUGUUUAACACAGGGGUAAGCAACGUCUUUCCUGGAUUGCCAAUGUCCUGCAGAGGCCCUGUCCCAAAUGGCGCACUUAAUGUAGACUUUCGGUCUCGUGGCAUUAAAUUGCGUGUGCUCGCUUAGUCUACGAGUUCAUAGGGUGUCCCAUCUGUCAUUUUUAUGCUCCAAAGUGUGCUCAUCAGUGCCCCCUUUGCACCCUUGAUGCGGUCUUCGGCGAAGCCCACACUGCAGCAGGCUUCAUGCACUUCGUGCAACCCAGAAGUCCUUGCGAAAGAGCAAUCAGACGAUGAAAGGGAGGAGUUCACACUUCUGGGCAACUUCUCUUCCUAUUUCAGGCGUGACGCUCGAGUCGGUCCCAAAAUAAGACUCCGGUGCACCCUUUUAGACUCGUGUCAAGGGUCCCCAAGGUCUGCACUACAUGAUGUCAUCAAAGUGUGGACUCUGAGGAGGUCCGGAGUGUGCCAUUUGGGACAGGGCCAGAGUUUAGCUCCAGCUCUAAUCAAGCACACCCGAAUAAGCUAAUCAAGAGUCACCUGAAAACUACAGGUAGGCAAGGUUUUAUCAGGGUUGGAGCUAAAAUCUGCAGGACAUCGGCACUCCAGGACCGACGUUGCCUAUAACAGAUAGAUUGUUCUCUUAUAAAUCGCUACCUACAGACUUGGGUUUAAACCAAUGACGUUUUGCGCUGCUAAUGCAAUGCUCUACCAUUAGCACUUUUAAAUAUGCCAAACAGUUAUUAAUCCUCUUUUUGCACUCUUAUUGUAUACCAUAAUGUGUACAGUCUAGGCAGAUAUAUUUUUUCAGUAUGCAAAUCUAUUGCAGCACGCAAAAGUAAAUUGCUGGACGGUCCCAGUGUUUUCGUUUUAAACAUAUAUGAAUGUUCUAUAGGAAACACAAUGAGGGUCAAUAUAAUACUGCACUACACAUGAUCAAUGUCUAAGCUGCCUUCCAGUAUUAAGAGUUUUAAAAGCAGUCUGGCAAGUAUUUGGGGCAUCUGUAUAAUUUUCUUUCGACUUAAGGGGGUCGCACACCGGACGAGAAGCGCGCAUGGGACAACUCGGAGGUAUCGUACACCGGACAUGCACAUUAAAUAGCACGAGCUUAGUCAGAUAGCAUCUACUUAAAAAUGCUAAAUAUACGUUAGCAGCCAAUGUUUAUCGCUAACGGUUUGGGACAAAUAUGAUGUCAUUUAAUGUUAAACUGUGAGUGGCGUUGACCAGCGUCCAGCUGCCAUCAAGUGCCACCGGUGUGCAUACAUUCAUAGAAAAUAAUGUGUUCUGUUUUUAGAUUCAUUGCGCUACGCAACGCUUCUCGUCCGGUGUGCAACCCCCUUUAUUCUAACAUAUGCAUACAUGCAAUUCAGCUAUGAGGCAUUUGAAACCACUUGUACACACUGUUUGACUAUGCAUUAACAACAAAAUAUAACAGUAUUUUUGUUUUUAGACUUUGUUAAAAACAGUAUGGAUUAAUACAAAUUAUAUUUCAAGUUUUAUUUGAAUAAAGUAAAUUUAAAAUGUC